AUGGACGAUGACUUCCAGAAUAAAGUGGACCACCAGAGUGAAGGUUAUGAGAAUGAUAUUUUGAUCCAGAAAUUGCCCUACAUCCCAGAAGUGCCCCCAGUACCUGGAGCAGCAAGUGACUCUGAGGUGAUGGACAAGGAAACACAACUGCUUCACAAGGUUGCUUCAGAUCUGCAUAGUAAUGAAGGGAAACAAAUUUCUCUUGAAUAUAACAAAGCAAAUGAAAGGAUGAAGAAUGUUUAUCAGGAGAGUGGACACACCACAUUUCUGGACAUGCAGAUAAGCAGACUACCAAAGAUGGGAGUGAACAUAAAGAAAGCUUUGUUUGCACCCAAGAUUGACAAACAGAGAGACUACAGCAGAGCACCCAUUAUCAUGACCUACGGCCUGACACUUCUUUCUUUCACAAUGGCAACAGCUGCUUUUGGGAUGGCUUUACUAAGAUGUUUUCCUUCAUGCCCAGAUGGUUGGAAGUAUUUCAGUGAGAAAUGCUACAACUACUCAUCAAAAAAUAAUGAUUGGAAUAAUAGUAGAAGGCUCUGUCAAGAAGUGGGUGCUGAUCUGGUUGUGAUUAACCAUGAAGAAGAACAGGAUUUUCUUAUUUAUAUGAUGAGUUCCAAGGAGACAUACUGGAUUGGUUUUAGUGACCUGGAGGAAGAAGGAAACUGGAAGUGGGUGGAUGGUACAUCUAAUUAUACGAAUUGGCAUUCUAUUGAACCAAACAAUGGUAAGGAUCAAGGACCUGAGCACUGUGCAGUUUUACAGAAGGAAUACAACUACAUGUGGAAUGAUCUUCCAUGUAAAAAUAAGAAUAAUUACAUCUGUGAGAAGAACAUGCAGCUUGUCUUUGUCUGGCAGUCCCUUCACAUUUCCCAUUGAAACAGUUUUCUUUCAGAUUUUUGUGCCCAUGCAAACAGAAUCUGUUGCAGAGUAUCAUCAUAAACUAUGCAAGAGUGGCACAGAUAGGCGGUUAUACAAGGCCCUCUUCACACUGCUGUAAGCUAUUGCAAGCAGCUUCUAGUCACUUUCGGAAGGAAAUGUUCAGCUUUGCUGAG